UAACGGGUGUACGCGAUAACGUCGAAACAAAAUAAUAAUAAUAUUAUCAUCUCGAAUAUCAGCUCGUCGUUUCGCGUGUGUGUUGUGUCGGUCGUAAAGUCGACGUACAGGAGAAUAAUAUUAUAACGUCGUCGUCCGAGUCGUAUUCGGUGGAAAAGCUCGUCGAGCGAAGAACGAACGGCGCCCGCCAAGUCGACACGAAUCUCGGGGACGCGACGGCGCACGCACGAAUAAUGCGUCGCCGUUAAGAAGCUGUGGCCCCCGCAACGCACGCACGCCGGCGAAGUCAUAGCGGGCCGAGACCAAUAGCCGAUACGGUCGUCGUUGGACGGCUGGCGGCGCACACAAUGUGCAAUCGACGCCUAGCCACCGUCCGCUGUAUGUCUGCCGACAGUGCUCCUUGAUUGUGGUCCAAACGAUGCAGGUGCCUUCUUGCAGCGAUACUAUGACGUCAGAGUCGGCCGACAGUGGUCUGUGUGACAAGUCCAUAAUGCUUCGCAAACACCGCAAAAAUGUAUUUAAUAAAUCAGCAUUGAGAAUGGUAGCUGCAGAAAUGUCAAGUAAUCAAGAUAAAGAUGCCACUCAAGUGCAAUACAUAGAUAUCAGUCCUGAUUUUUUAACAACUGGACGAACUGGCAGACGGAAUGCAUUACCAGAUAUAUUAGGUGAACACAAACUAACAUCCACAGCUGAUUUGCCAGACCGAUUACAAGCACUCACAACAAAUGAAGGAGCUGGGACAAGUAAUAUACAGCCAUCAACUAGUAGUGAUUCAGACAUGAUAAAAACACAAAAUGCAACAUGUUGAAUGACUGAGUGAAAUGAAAAAUUGUAAUCUACUAUUGUAUGUUCCAAAGGUAAAAUGAAACAAAGUUAACGCACCUAGAUUGGAUAGAUGUUAUAGUCUCAAAUAUUUUUGAGUUGAACAGAAAGCUACCUAAUAUUUUUAAUAUACUCCUAGUCUCCUAAUAAUCAGACCAAAGCAUAAAAGUACUUUUAUUUUAUUUUUUCAUUUAUUUAGUUCCGUAACUUUUUUUUUUUUAAUUGAAAGGUUUUGUUCCUCUAUUCAAUUGACUAAUUGACUGUAUGUACAUUUUUUUUUUGUGAAAAACAAUAUUAUUGUAGUAAAUAUUUUAUUCCUAAGUUAUAGAAAAUUAUUUUUGUCCUAAACCAUGUCCUAAGCUUAAAUUAUUGUAUUAUAUAUGUUGAAAUAACGUGUUUAAAAAAUAAUAAUAAUCAAAUUAACUGCUUUUUAUCAAGUAUUAUAUAAGAAUACAUUUUGUUUAUAAAAAACUAAAAGAAUAAUAUUAUAUUCUAAUAUUCUAGAUAACAUAAAUUAAUCAGUUGAUACAUGUUUACUGCUACUUCUAAGCGUAACUCACAGCUUUAUAAAUAUAAAUAAUUGUUAAUUAUGACUAAUAAAAAAUGUAUAGUCAAAUAGCAGACAAUAAAAUAUUUAGUAUAUUGUAAAAAAAAAAAAAAAGUAGAAGUUUAGUGUUGAUAAUAAUUACACACGGUCAGGUUGUGAUAUUUUAAAUGAUUUUCCUACUCAAUAUUUUUCUCAUUCAACCAUAUUUUAUUUAUUUUUAUUUAUUUUUUUUUUACAAAUUUUGCUUAUAAUUUAUAUUACCAUUUUUAUUUUCAAAGCUAUAAAUAAUAUCAAAAACUAUUUAAGCUUAUAAAAAUUAGUGAUGACUAAACCUGGGUAAUAUAAUGUAUGGAAUCUUAAGUAAAUUAAAUUACUUAACUGCUUAUGAAUAAAUAAAUUACAAGAUUAUUUUGAUGUUCAUACAUUAUUACAUUUAAAAGAUAUAAUUUAGAGUAUGUGUGAAGUAUUACUAUAUAAUGUAUUUUAGAAGAAUGACUGAAUAUAAUUUUAAAACAGAUUUCUUAAAAAAACACCUAACUAUUUUUAAAAGUUUAGUUCAUUAUUAGUUCCUGUUUUUUGUUAAUUUUUACAUUAAAAAUAUUGAAAUAUUGUAAAAUAUAUUUAAAUAUGUAGGUGAUUAUUUCCUUGGAAAUAUUUUUGUUUUCAAACAAAUAUUGUUUAAUUUGUGAUUCUGUUGUAACAACAAUUUCCUACCAAUUUUGGUCCAAAACAUAUGUGUCUUAUAGUAUAUUUUUUAUACGGGAAUAAAUAAUAAAUAAAUACUAUACACUUUAACGAUUAAUACUAACUAUGAUAAAUUGAAUACAAAGUUAAUGAAUACAGAAUAGGCAUAGAAAUUAUUUUGUCAAACAUUCCAAUAAAAUCAAUUGAAUAAGAAACAUGAUUCUUGGGAAUUGUAAAAAAAUAAACGCUGCACUACAAUAUUACUUAAUGACUUUGAAACUAAUGAUGUAUGUAUGAAUUAGUUUAUAUUUCAAUGUAAGGUUAACAACCAACCUUCAUUACAUUUUAAUUGUACUUAAUAAUAUUCUAUUCUAUAUUCUAUAAUAUGAAUAAUAUAAAGAAAACAUAUUAUUUCUUGUAAUAUUGAAAAAAUUACCAUGAAACACACUUAAAUGUAUUUUUUUUUUUUGUUCCUAUCAAUAUGUUUAAAUUAUAUUUAUUAAGAAUAAUAAUCUAAAAAAUUGAGUUAAAUGUUCUGAAAUAUUGAGAAUUGUAUUUUUUUUUCAACAAAUUAUUUUAAUAAGUUUAUCUAAAGUAAGCUAAGCUUGUAUUAUAUUUUUCUGAUAAAAUUGAUCAAGGCAAUGUCGUUGUUAAAAAAGUGAAUUUACUCUUAAAAUUAUUUAUAUUUGUAUAUCUAUAAUGGCAUCAUCAAAUAAAAUUGUUGUAAUAAGUGUUUACACAUAUAAAAACAUGGUUUGUGGUUAGUUAGUUUUUAAUAUGAUCAAUAUGUCAGAUUGAACCGAAAAUAAUUUUCUGGAUAACACAAAUUAGUAUAGGCAAUAGAUUAAUUCAAAUCACUUAGAACCAAAAUAGUGUGUUUACUUGUGGCCUAUUUACAGAAUAAUUAUUUUUAUUAAAAACCAUAUUGCAUAUUAUAAUUUUUUUACUUGAUAUACAUUUAUAGAUAAAUCUCUUUCAACUAUUUGAUAAAAUAUUUAAUUUUUUCAUACUUCUAAACACUAUUUAUAUUUAUUUUUAAAUGUUAAAAAAAAAAUCCUAAUUAUUCUAGUCUAGAUUGCUUUAUUAAAAAUUAACUUACGUAUUUCCUUAUGAGCUAGUCAAACUAUUGUUUGUAUGCAGUCUAUCACUUAUGUCAAAAUGUAUGUAGUUUUCUAUAAGAGAUGUAGUUGUUACAUAGAUCCAAUUUUUAAUCUAAAACAUAGGUAUAUCAAUUAUCUUAAUUAAUUAUAUUUGUUCAUUAAUUAUUAUUUUUCCUAAAUUGAAAUGUAUCUCUAUUGGGUUAAUAUUUAUAUUAAAAUAAGCCAUUUAUAUUAGGUACUUAACUGUACUGUUUUUAGAAUAAAUACAUUUUAUUUUAUAUAUUGAACAUCCACUAUUAUUUAUUGACUAUUUUAUAAUUGCUAAUUCACUUUAUAAAAUUAGAUUUAUUAAUUAUUCAGCACACAAAAGCACUUUAACUUUACAGACUGUGUUAAUUGUGUAUUUAGUGUAGUGCAAUAUUCAGUUUUGUUAAUAUUUAUUCUACCUACCGUAUAUCUAAGUCAAUUUUUUGUACGAAAUUGUGAUUCUAGGUAGAGAUGGUUAUAAUAUUAUAUUUGUACGUGAAAAACAAAAUUAAUAAAAUAAAAUGUAAACAUUGA